CACACAUUGAGUGUUCAUCUUGUUCCGGUGGGCUGUACAUUGAUUUGUUAGGUCAGUUCUUCUGGAGAAAACCGUAUAAAGGCAAGCAGACAGAAUAAAUUUCUAAGAGUACCGGUUGAUUCGUGAUUUGCCUCCUGGACCUAGUGCAAUAUUUGAACACCAUGGGCGAAUAUAGCGGCAAUAUUGGAAGUACUCUCGUGACAGUCUUCCUUUCGGCCAUCCUUGUAGGAAUGGCCAACGUACAGGUUGUGAUAUAUUUUAUGUGGUAUCCCCGCGAUCCACUCUCAGCCAAAGUUGGAGUUGUAUGGCUGUGGCUUCUAGAUGUUCUGCAUCUGCUAUUUUGCUUUGAUAUAGCGUACAUUUAUAAUAUCACCGAUUUCGCCAAUCCGUUUGGCUUACUGACGGUAUCGUGGAGCGUCAAGGCACAAGGCCUUAUUGAGAUGGCGCUUAUAGUAUCGGUUCAUGCCUUGUACAUUGAAAGAAUCUGGAGGUUAAGUGACAAAGUGCACCGUGAUGGCCCAUAUAAAAGAGUUUUACCCGUUUUCCUCAGUGUUAUCUUGGCUGGCGUAGCCGGUGGGAGCAUAGUCGUUCUGUAUCGCGUUUUCAACAAGGACGCUGCCACCCCCGAUUUGAUUAAUGAUGUUUUUGUCAACUACUUUCCUCUAGGGGCAAGCAUGGUGCUGGACACCUUAGUAGCGGCCUCCCUAUGUUACUUGCUGUUGCGUUGUCGAACUGCAUAUAAGGGCACGAAUUCGCGAGUCAUUGCCAUGGUGUUUUUCACCGUCAACUCUGGCAUGCUGACUUGGCUGUUUUCUCUUAUCACUAUCAUCCUGAAAAUUACUCUUCCAAAGAGCUACGACAAUAGCGUCUUGCUAAUGCUCACGAAAUUAUACGUGAACAUGUAUAUGGCUAUGAUGAAUGCUCGCAGUGUCCUCCGGAAGUCUCACGUCAAUGUGCAGGAUACAAUUGUGCUCUCAGACCUAAGGAACCCGCAGGACCAUUCGUCGGAUGAGUACAAGGGCGUCACAGAAUCGACACGGCAGGCAAUCCAUAUACCGCAUGCUUCAUCACGCCUUGAAACUGUUAGUGAACAGAACGAGGGCUUACGGGACCUAAAUGAAUACAAAGCAUCCGCACCCAUUCGCGACAAUAUGUUGGAUGUUUAAACUGUCCAAGUCUUCGCAUUGCCCUUCACUUUCAGCCAAGGCAAUGCAAACGUGGUGUAGUACCCGAUCGUAUAGUCAUCCAACAAGUAUGCUUCCACGUAUUUUGAGAUUUAUGCAGUUUCAGCGAUCCGAUCUUGGAGCUGGUUGUUCUAUGUAUUGAGUCUCUCUCGGUAUUUUUGUAGGUACAUCGACAAACAAAAACGUGUAUAUUGAUGUUGAGAUGCGAAUAAAUAUGACAUUGGAG